GGGGAGAUCGCCGGUCCCACGCAAAAGGUCGGCGUGGCCGCUCUCACGCUUCUCUCUGGCAUUACAUACAUAUACGCGUGCAUUGAAAUUGUUAUAUCAGGAAAAUGUGAUUUGCAGUUUGCAAUAUACAUAGGUAGGACUUUGCAUAGUAAUGUCGUUUUGAUCAUAAGAAGUGAGAGAGUCGAAUGGUCAAAGCCUAGUCAGAAUGACCGAUCAAGAUACAAACAAUAAUACUACUCUUCCGUUACGGGAGAAUUUGGUGAAAACUGCAGUGCAAUUUCUACAAAAUCCUAAAGUGUCAUCAAGUCCAUUGGUGCAAAAGCAGGAAUUUCUUAAGAGGAAAGGCCUCACAGAUGAAGAGAUUAAAACAGCUUUCAAACUAGCAUCUGUUGACAAUAUAACUGAUCGCAAUGCUCUUCAAAGUCAGAGUCCAUAUACUGCUGUACAAAUACCAUCGGGAUCUAUUCAUUCGUAUCGUCAAAUGAACGUUUACCAAUCGACAUUUUUGCAAAAAGUCAAAGAGUUAUUUAAUGCAACAGCAUUAAUUGGUAUUACGGUAUACUGUGCAUAUUGGUUUUAUAAGAAAUUUAUAGAACCCUUUCUGUUUGGUCAAAGAAAGAAGAGAAGUGUAGAGGAUAGGGUAACCGAAUUAGAUAAAACCGUCCAAGAUUCCAUGAAAGAAGUGAAAGACUCUAUUUCGAAGGUAGAAAGCGAAGUGCAAAAGCUGACUCAGCAUCAAGCAUUAGAUCCAACUAUCCCACAAUUGGUGCAAGAGCUUAAACACGAUUUAUCUAGUCUAAAAGCUUUACUUUUAUCAAGAAAACAAUUUCCAACUGCUCCGGCAUCUAUACCACCAUGGCAGUUGGGUGCAACAAAUGUAAAUCAAGAGAAAACAACUGAACGAGAAGACGAUGCUGGAAGUGGAAGCAGUACUAACAAUUCGGAUAGUUCUUUGGAAAUGAUUCGAGAGGACCCACCCAAAGAAUAAGUUUAGAAUUUUUUAUCUAUCAAUUAAUUACUUCCAUAAUGAUAGUCUUCGAUACGAUGUACUCGGCAUAAUAUAUUCAAGCAAAAGGAUUAUAGUUUCAAUAGUACUUUAUAUAUUAGAGAGAUGUUUCUUAUUAUUUUUAUACAAGACGUUAUAAGAAAAGUUCAGGACUACGAUAUAUCUGAAUCCUUUUUUAAUCCCUUGUAUACAUACUCGUAGCAUUGACCGCGGUACUUUUGGUAGUAUUCAUAACUUUGUAAAUGUUUCUAAUAUCUAUCAAACAAUGUUUCGUUAUAAAAAAAAAAACCUCCGAGAUAUAUAACGAUCAAAAAGUAAAUUUAUGCAUCGAUUGUGUCAUACUUUACUAUAAUAAUAUAGAGCAUAUCGAUUGAAUAAGUGUAUUAAAUUAAUGUAAUUGCAGAUUUCUUUGCAAUUUUUAAUAAAAUGUUUUUCUUGUAUAAGAUCUAAACAGGCUGUUAAUAGUAGUUUCUUUAAAAAAAAUUAAUUUACUUAAAUUUACUUUACUACAGUACAAAUAUGAGAGAAAAGGAAAGAGAAAAUACAUAACUAGAUUUUUUAAUACUUUUGAACAGUUUUCACGUGAGCAAAAGCGAUAUUCUCGAUUUUAUAAUUAUGUGAAUUAUAUAUCUAGUAUGUAAGAAACUUGUGAAAAUUAUGUUUGGUUGUUUUAUGCAGAGAUAAAUUAUAAAGAUGUAGCAAUUCUCUACAUCAUGAAACAAACUACUUAAUUAUAUGUAAUGUAUAUGCAAAUGUUAAUAUCUUUUAAUCUAGAAUCAAAAACAUCGAAGAUAGUUACAAUACAAAGUAUCGUGUUUAAGAAUCUUGUAAAUUUUAUAUUGAAAUUGAAUUUCUACUACAAACUGAGAAAUGGGUGUACUUUCAUAUGUGGCGGUAUCUGUCUGCAUUACGGUGCAGACAGUGUUAUGUGUGUACAGAUAUAAUUUUAUUGAAUAAAAAAAACUGAAUAGUUAA